AUGGAAGAGUCCUUGCCUGAGGAAAGAGUCUUAGUGCCACCGGACGAUCUCCGGUGCGGUAGGAGUGAUGGCAAGUCGUGGCGGUGUAACCGGUGGAGAAUCCACGACAAGAGCCUCUGUGAAAAGCAUUACCUUCUUCAAAAGCUUCCAAAGAGUUCCAAAGUAGAAUCUUUUUCCACUCCGAGUAGCUCUAGGGUUACAGGAAAACGUACCAAAAGCGGAAAAGUUGGCAGUGGCGGUGGUUCUUCGGUGAAUAAACCGCAACAAUCAGGGCUUUCUUCGUUAUCUAACAGGAAGAAGCAGAAGAGGAGGUGUGGAGGUGAGUCGGAAGAGGAGGUGAUUCCGAAGAAGAAGCCGAGGAGUAAGUUGGUAGAGAUAGAGGAGGAGAGGGUUAGUCUGGUGAAAAGAAUUAAUGGGAAUUUCGGAGUCAAGUCGAAGAAGAAGAGGGCUUCGGAGGAGGAGGAAGAUGAUGAUGGGGGUUUGGAGGAUAAUGGGGAUGUUAGUGAGCUGAAACGAAAAACAAGCAAAGUGAAGAAGAAAGAAGAAGAAGAAGAAGAAGAAGAAGAAGAAGAAGAAGAGAGCGAUGGGGGUAAAAAUGGCUGUGAUUCAGAAAAUGAGGAGGGUGGUAAAUUGGAGAAAAGAGGCAAUGACGGUGUCAAGAACAAGUCAUCGAUGUUGGGGAGUUGGAAGGAGGGUCCUGGUGAUGAAGAGCAGAAAUUGAGACCCGGUGCAAAAGUGACACCAAAAGAAGAAGAAUCAGGCGAGGAUAGUGAGGAUGAUUAUGACAGUGGUGAUGGGCCAGAGGAGAACGAGGAUGGUAGUUUGGAAAAAUUUGAGAAAAGGAAGGGCAAAACUAAGCCUCUGGCGCGGAGGAAGAAGGGGGUUAAGAAGUUUCAAGAGAAGAAUUCCAAAAUAGUGAAGGCAAAGGAAGAAGAUAAUUCGCUUGAAGAUGAUUACGAGGAGGAGGAAAUUAGACCGGUGAAAAGAUCCAAUAAGCAUGCCAAAAUCAAAUCAUCUUCUGUGCACAGUAAAAAGAAGGUUCAGAAAGAGAAAGACAAGAAACCGGAUUUGGGGACCAAAACUAGUAAUGGUGAUGUUUCAAAUGGUGUCGAGAGUCUAGGGAAAAGAAGCUCUCUUUUGAGGCAAAAGAGCUUUAAACUUGAUCCUAGGAGGAGGGUUUACAGUACCGAUGAUCCAGAAGAUGAUUGCCAGAUGUGCCAUCAGUGCUUCAGCAGUUAUAGGAGGGUGGUGCGGUGUCGCAGGGGUUGCCGCAAACGGUAUUGUGGCCCUUGCAUUCAGAGAUGGUAUCCUCUACUAUCAGAAGAAGCAAUAGCAGAGAAAUGCCCAUACUGUCGUGGAAAUUGCAAUUGCAAAGCUUGUUUACGUAGAAAUGAUAUACUCAAGGAUGCCAAAUACAUGGGAUUGCCAGAAAGUAAUGAUGAAAAGAUUCGGCACUUGAAGUAUCUGAUUCAUGUACUCCAUCCGUUUUUGGAACAGUUUGAUCAGGAUCAAGUGUUGGAAAUGGAGAGGGAGGCCAAGACGCAAGUUGAUUUUCAUAGAAGUUGCCCAAGUUGUUCAUAUGAUCUCUGUCUGACUUGUUGCCGAGAAAUUCGAGAAGGCUGCUUGCGAGGAGGUGAUGAUGAAGUUGUGAAGCAGUAUUACAGCAUGGGAAGAUCUUACUUGCACGGAGGAAAACCUAAGGUAUCAUCCAUUGAUUCGAUUUCUGAGGAUAAUAAAAGGCCAAUAUCUGACUGGAAAGCAAAGGAAAAUGGUGAUAUACCUUGCCCACCGAAGGAAGUGGGUGGCUGUGGACAUGACCGUUUGGAGCUAAAGAGUAUGUUUCCAGAAAACUGGGUUUCAGAAUUGAAGAAGAAAGUAAUAGAAAUGGUAAAAACCCAUGAACUUACCAACGAGGGCCAAAUUUCUAGGCACUGCUGUUCCUGUUUCAAACCCAGUGGAGAGAUCGAUAUUGGCAAUAGAAAACUAAGGAAAGCUGCUGCUAGACAAGGUUCAGAUGACAACUAUCUGUACUGCCCUUCGGCAAGUGACAUUCAGCGAGGGGACCUUGAGCACUUCCAGAGACAUUGGAUCAGGGGAGAGCCAGUGAUUGUCAGCAAUGUACUGGAAGUUACAUCUGGAUUAAGUUGGGAGCCAAUGGUUAUGUGGCGUGCAUCCCGUGAGGUAAAAUUUAAAAAAGGUUCAUCAGAUUUGACAGUGACAGCAAUUGAUUGCCUUGAUUGGUGCGAGGUUGAUAUAAAUAUUCACCAGUUUUUUAAGGGGUAUUCUGAGGGUCGAUCAGACAAAAUGUACUGGCCUGAAAUGCUUAAACUGAAGGAUUGGCCCCCGUCUACCUUAUUUGAAAAGCGGUUGCCACGCCAUGGUGCAGAGUUCAUAAGGGCCUUGCCUUAUUUAGAGUAUACUCAUCCACGUUCUGGUAUUCUUAAUGUUGCCACAAAAUUGCCGGCUGAAAUGCUGAAGCCAGACCUUGGGCCUAAAACAUACAUAGCAUAUGGAUUUGCUGAAGAGCUUGGACGUGGAGAUUCUGUGACUAAGCUUCAUUGUGACAUGUCAGAUGCGGUGAAUGUCUUGAUGCAUACUGCAGAAGUGACUCUUACUCUGGAUCAGCUUUCCAGAAUAAGAGAGUUGCAAAAAAUUCAUGCUGACCAAGACAAUGAAGAAAUGGUUGGUACUGUUCAUACGUAUAAUGAAGAGGGUGCGAAGCAUCUCCCCGAAUUAAAUGCUAGCUUGAUGUCAGGUCCAGUUGACACUACGUCAUAUGAUGAAGCUGUGGUGGUUAAAACUGAAGAAGAUAGAGUGGAAGGUGCAGGCACUUUGGGUAUCGAAAGUGGGAAUAAUGAAGCUAUGGUUGUUGAAGCUGAAGAAGACAGGGGGGAAGCUUCUGAUUCAUCAGGUAUCAAAUAUGCGAAUAACCAUGUCCACGAUUUCAUAUUUAAUAAAGCAGAUGAAGCUUCUUGUCUUCCAUCAGAAGAGAACCCUGAGAUUGAUGUGGUGGAGGGAACUAGAGGGCAUGUGCAAGGUGGAAGUGGUAGAGGUAAAAAGAAGGGAGGAAGAUCAAGUAAUGGACACAAUACCAAAUCAGAAGCUUUGUUAAUAAAGCUUGCUGAUGCUACUAAAUCUCAGAAAAGAAGGGAAGCCAUAAAUGAGGAAAAUAUAAGUGGAGUUGGAGAGGGUGAGUUUCCUGGUGGUCAGAUUGCUGUGUCUGAUCUGGAGAAAGCAGAGGCAGGUGCUCUUUGGGACAUUUUCCGGCGAGAAGAUGUCCCCAAGCUUGAGGAAUAUCUUAGAAAGCACCACAAGGAAUUCAGGCAUACCUAUUGUUGCCCAGUGGAGCAGGUUCUUCACCCUAUUCAUGAUCAAACUUUCUUCUUGACUUCACAUCAUAAAAGCAAGCUGAAGGAGGAGUAUGGAGUUGAACCUUGGACAUUUGUGCAAAAACUUGGUGAGGCUGUUUUUAUACCUGCUGGUUGUCCUCAUCAAGUUAGAAAUCUUAAGGCUUCGAGUGAAUGUAAAUUAUUUUGGGCAUCUCUUAAUUAA